AUGUCCCGGGACAGGGUGGUCCAGCUGGCCCCCAGCUCCAUGGCCUUGGUGCUGUGCAGGCUGGCCGAGGAGAGAGGCGGCCAUGGGGACGAGGAGAGGGGCAGGCAGGUCUUCCAGGACUUCCAGGCGGCCAAUGCUCGGUGUUUCUGGAACCAGAGGCUGGUCCGGGCCGUGUCCGAGGUGUGCUACCAGGGCUGGCUGGAGAGCUGGGUGCUGCUGGUCCAGGGGCAGAGUACCAGCCUGGAGGUGCUGAGAGAUGCCUGGGUCAGGAGAGCCCUGAGACCCCCCAGGGGAUUCCUCAUCACUGCACUGGGUGAGUACACACUGAGUGAUUGAGUGGACACUGGGUGAUUACACACUGAGUGAGUGGACACUGGGUGAGUGGACACUGGGUGAGUGGACACUGGGUGAGUGGACACUGGGUGAGUGGACACUGGGUGAGUGGACACUGGGUGAGUACACACUGAGUGAGUGGACACUGGGUGAGUACACACUGAGUGAGUGAGCAAGUGCUGCUCUGUGAGUGAGUGGACACUGGGUGAGUACACACUGAGUGAGUGAGCAAGUGCUGCUCUGAGAGUGAAUGGACACUGGGUGAGUACACACUGAGUGAGUGAGCAAGUGCUGCUCUGAGAGUGAGUGGACACUGGGUGAGUACACACUGAGUGAACAACUGCUGCUCUGAGAGUGAGUGGACACUGGAGUGAGCAGGUGGGAGUGAGUAGAUACUGACCUGGAUUCAGAGACCACUGGUGUGAGUGAGUAGACCCUGGUCUGUAUGAGGAGACCCCUGGCAUGAGUGAGUAGAUAUUGGUGUAGAUGGGGAGACCCUGAUGUGAAUGUGGAGGCAGGGCUACUAUGGUAACAUUGCAUUUAUUAACUUUAAUAUUAAUUCAUUAACCCGGUAGAUGGGUAACCGCUUGUUGCUAGGAGCUCUGAAUCUGGUAGAAUUGGUUACAUGUUUUUAUCUGGUCUGCUAUUUGUGGCUUUUUUAAAUUUAUUUUUUAAUAUGUUUGGCAUGUGUUUCUGGUAUAUUGACACACAGACACUAUAGCACACGUGUGAGCCCCUUGUUUCUGGAAUAGUGUUAAUGCUAUGGCUUAAUCUUUCUGUUAUAUAUGGUUGUCUUUGCUCUGUCUGGCUAUAGAUACAGUUAAAUCCCUUUUGUUGCCCACCAGUUACAUUUCUUAUUGAGAUCAUUGCAGCAAGCUACUUCUCCAUAACUUGGUGGGUUCCCAAUAGAUUGCCACUAGCUAGAGUGACAAUGGCUACUUUUUUGUGAGUCUCUCAAAGUAUCUGUGUGUACAUUUAUCAGUGGAACGUCAUAUGGUUGCCAGAGGCUACAUUCUUUGAGAACCCCCAUUGAGUGUCCCUGGCUACAUGUUUGGUGACCCCUGUAGAGUCCCAAUGGUUAUUUGAUUUUCGAGUCUCUGAGUGCCAGUGGCUAAAUGUCUUAAAAUAUAUUCCCUUUGGAUGUAAUUCUUGUUGAUCCAAUGCUCAUGGUGUAAUGCAAUUUUGUUUUUGGCUCUUGAUAACAAUGUGUAAUCCCUUUUUUAUGUAUUAUCAAACUUGCAAAGAAAUAGAUCUUCUAUACAUAGAUCUUUAAGUUUAUCUUUUACAUGUUUUAAGUUUUUACUGUCUACUAUAAUUUCUCUUGUGCUGUGGGAAAUGAUAGUUUACAGUGUUUGUUUGUAGUCAUUGUUUAGAGGUGCUGUGCUGGGGGCAAGAUGAGGGUCCUUGUUUGUCUUGCUUAGGAUUUGGAAGUAUCCGUGUAGACCUGGAAUAAACACUAACCUUUCUAUAACAAAUGACUUGCCUGGAUUACAAGGAUUUAAAGGGGAAUUGACUGUUAUUUCAAAGGGCUUAACUGGAAUGGAUGGUGUGUAAUGGAGUCUUUCUUGUAAGUGGGCUCUGUAUCAAACGGAUUAAUCCUCUAAUAAAAUCCAUGGGUCUCUAGGGUUUCAGAGCAAUCUGAUCUGAUACCCGGCUAGUAAUAUAGCAGUAACUGUUAUCAUAAGGCUGCUAUUGCUCAUCUACAACACAUUGUGAUGGAUAUUUUAUGAGGUGAAGGAUAGACUGUUCUGGAGUUGGAUCAGUAGUAUCUCUGUUCAGUAAAUAACUAAGGCUCAUAAUAUUCAAUGCUAAAUAAGAAAUUGGGUGUACUAGUUUUAUUUUUUUAUUUUUUUAAAUGGUUUUUGGAUUAUGUAAAAAAAAAAAAAACUAAAAUCUACCAUCAGAAGAUGUGUAGCUUUUCUAUUAAAAAUAAACUAAAUAAAGGCCCAUUUUUUGCUAAUUAAUGAAUGCCAGGUUUAUAUUUACAUUAUCUCCAUGCAAACCUUCAUUAUGUUAUUGAGCCAUUUUAUCACUUCACUGUUUAUCACAAAGGCAGCACAGACUAAUGCUAUAUCCUUCUAUUCAAGAUAUAUACGGAUCAUAGUAGUAAAUCAAGAGAACAUGUUUAUUUUUAAAGAUGAUGAUAAAACUGUAAUUUGUUUAUAACCACGGUAAUGUGUGUGUGUGUGUAUGUAUAUAUCCAAUUUUCAACAAUGGAAGUCUUGUUAACAUAGACUUUAAUGCACAUCUGCUCUUUUGUGCAACAGGGUUUUUUUUUUUAUAGUUUUUAUAAAGCUUCAUUUCCACAAAUAUAUCUAUCAAGUUAUGGUAAUAAGGUGUUUGUUUGGCAGCCUGUGAAUGUAGAAACCACAUGGCAAUCUGUCACUGGUACAAAGUUUGGGUCUUUCUUGAAUAUCUCAUAGAAACAAAUUUUAUAUGGAGUGAUUUUUGGGUCCGAAGGUUUAAAUGGGGAGCAAUAAAUGCAAUGUUUCUGUCGAUGGUUCCAGAUACUUAUAUCAUCAGGGUCUCCAAAGGUCAUAUUGUAAAAGCAAAGCAAGCAAAUGACAAUGUUCUAUGAUGAUUUAUCCACUUCUUCAACUUUCUUUGCACCAGUUUUUUUUUUUUUUUUUUUUAAAUACAUAGUGCAAGCUGUACUUGGAUCACUAACUCCAUAUAGCUUCACGCAUGACGUGAAACAGACAUUGUACAGAUCUGUUGCUUUAUCCGCUCUUAAUCUUUUGAGUGCUAAUGCACCUUAGUCGCCAUAAAAUAUACAUUAUAAUAUCGUUAUCAGUUCUGUAUUACACUUGGCAUUUUUUUCUGUAAUUGAGAACCUGGGGUUAGAAAUAAAGCAAUGAUCUCAUUGUUCAACAAACCUUUUAUUUAAUCAGCAGUAACAAAAAAUGUGUGUGUGUGUGUGUGUGUGUGUGUGUGUGUGUAUAUAUAGUGUAUAAUAUGUGCUGUGUUUUUUUUAUCCAUUUAAACCUUUUUUCUGAAGGACAACCACCAAUCCAUCAUUGCACUUGGACUAAGCUCCAAAUUCCAAGUCAAAUGCACAGAUUUAAAAUAAUUUUUACAAAGUAGUAGCAAUAACUAACAUAUUCUUCUACCUGGGUGUUUUUUUUUUUUUUUAAAUCUGAAUUGCAUCAUAUAAGCCAGUGGGGUACCCCCCACUGUGUGCUUUCCUUUUUAAAAAAUACCCACCUGGAUUUCCAUUUCUAUGUAGCCCCCAAAAGGGUAUUAUUCAGAAUAUCCCAAGGGUGUGCAACAGCUCCAUGCAUAAUAUUACAACUCAAUACAUUAUAUACAAACUAAAGUAGGCAUUUGUAUCACUUUGUUUUUACUAAGUGAAAAAACAAGAUUUUCCACCAAUUUACCAAUCUUACCUAAUUACCUAAAUUCAAGAUGUCCACACUGAUUUAUUCAAUUAAAUAAUUUAGUGAACUAUAUUUGAUUUAAGACAUGGGUUGUUCACUCAAGGAGGAAUUUAAAGCCAGUUCUCAAAAAUUCACACAUUAUUAAAAGGACACUUCAGGCACGCAUCUCAUUGAAGUGGUCUUGGUGCAAUGUCCCUGUCCCCCUUAUCCUGCAAUGUAAAAACACUGUGUAGUUUUAUAGAAACUGCAGUGUUUUCUUUGAAGGGUUAUGACUGCUUCUAGUGGCUGUUUACCAGACAGUCUCUAGAGACGCUGUGAAACAACCGUGAACUCCGUGAAGCAACACUGGAUGCUGUGCAUGAGGACGUACAGUAACUUGAAAAUUGAUUCAAUGCUUUCCUGUGGGGAAGGCAUAAUGCGUGUGCGAAACGCAUUCGGUUCCCCCCUCGUACCGACAUCUGUGGAGGUGGAAAUGGACACAUCACCAAGUGAACUUUCAUUUAAUUAACCCUCUCAAAGGGGGACGGGGGCAAAAGGACAUUGUAGUAAUACGAAUACAGCUUUGUAUUCCUAACACUAAAGUGUUGCUUUACUAACCCUUAUCCAGUUAUUCACUAAAGUGUGAUUUGCCAAGGAUUCAAACAGGGUUGUUCACUUAAUGUGCAUUGUUGGGAAUUCAAAGUGAUUUUUCAUGUUUUUAGGAUGAAUUGGUCAAAGUGGUAGCUGACACUUGUGUUCUCUACUCACUAGACAGUGGGAAACAUGUUGUUCCAUUGUCAUCUGCUAAUACAUUCUAGUGGUGACCAUUGUAAUCUGUUACUUGUAAAGUAAUAGAAUAUGAGCAGGAUAUUGCUUUACUGCAAAGGGGAUUUAGAUAGAUUGGGGCACAAAUGGCAGAUGAAAUUUAAUGUAGAAAAAUGCAAAGUUAUGCACUUUGGGGUAAAGAAUGCACAAGCAACUUACACCCUAAAUGGUAGUGAAUUAGGGAUAGCACACGAGAAGGAUUUGGGAAUUGUUAUAGACAACAGACUAGGAAACAAUAUGCAAUGUGAAUCAGCAGUUGCUAAGGUCAGUAAAGUUUUUUUUUUUUUUUUUUUGUCAUGUAUAAAUAGGGGCAUUCAUUCUCAGGAUGAAAAUAUUUUUUUAUUUUUUUUGCCUCUUUAUAAAUCACAGGUAAGACCACACCUUGUAUGUGGUCCUUUGGGCAACUCUUCUGAAAAAGGAAAUAAUGCCACUAAAAAUGUAGACGUGCCGCAAAAUCAAUAAAAGGAAUGGAAUAAUUUAGAUAAAAGGAAUGGAAUAAUUUAGUUAUGAAUAAAUAUUAACAAAUUUAAAUCUGUUUUAAUUAAGAAAAACGGCGCCUGACAGGGGUUAUGGUCACGCAUUUAGACUGGAAGAAAGGAGAUUUAGUAUAAGGGAAAGGUGUGUGUUUUUUUUUUGUUUUUUUACAGUAGCAACAAUAAGCAUGUAGAAUUCUCUGUAUAUCACUGCGGCUAUAGACUGUUCACAAGAACUGUCAAUCCGGGCUUUCUCCCCUCUUUCAGGAAUAGCCAUACCAAUGCUAAAUCUUUAUUGACUGCAGCUAUGUCUAUUAACUUAAAGAUCAAUUCAAAUUAUCCUAUGUGAUAAUUUGAGCUGCCUUUUGGUUAUAAGGAGCGAUAUGUAGGCAGACCCACUAGUGUUCCAAUUGACUAUUUAAAAGUUGGGUAACUUUUUUUUAAAAUUUUUUUAAAAUUUUUUUUUUAUUAUUUCUAAUGAAUUAUAUAUAAAUUGGUACAUAAAUACAAUUACCUUUUUUAUAAUCACACACCAAAUAUGUAAGCUGAGUAUAUGACAAAUGUUGAUGCUUUGUUACCAUAUGUUAACACAAUGUUCUUUUGUUUUGGCAGCUAUCACAGUAGAUUAAUUAUUUUGUUUGACAAUAUUUCGCCAUCGCAACUCUUUAUAAGAUGUGUUCAUUUGUUAACCCUAUUGAAUAACGUCAUGCAGCCAUUCCAGAUGGAUAUAUGUAAAAACAUUUAAAAAGUAGAAUUGAGUCAAUUAUAUUUUUUUAUAUAACUUGUGACUGCUUAAAAGGACACUCUAUAACAUAAUGGGUUUGAUUCUAGAUGCUGAUUCUUCACUGUGACAAAUGGCAAUGAUUCCAUUUGGCAUUUAAUUCAAUGUCAACUGCAGCUUAGUCUCCUAUAGGGAAGCAUUAUAAUGCUUUUCUAUUACGAGAAUCCCGUUGGUGCAGUGCAGAGAUGUCCACUCAUGUGUAGCAGGGCCUUCAAUGCUACUCUACGGGGAAGCAGUUGAUUUGCCAAGAUUUGCCCAACAUCCAUAAUUACAUAGUAAUUUAGACACACUUUCAUGCGUUGAGUAAGUAAUAAUUCAUUAUUGUACUACUUCCAGUUAAAAGAAAAAUGGAUGGUUUUUGUGUUUAUCUCAUUGGGAAUGGGUUGUUUCUAUGAGUCAGUAUCUAAACAAAACUUUGUAUCGUGAUAGUGGAUGAAAUAAAAUGAGAGAGGGGUAACACUACUGCAUGACUUUGGGCCAAUGGAAGUUUGUGAGAGUGAAUGGACCUAGUAAUUUUUAUUUCAUUUUUAAUCCCAAUAUGUUUAGGUUAAUAAAACCUGCAUGUAUGUUGUUGUUUGAAGAAAGUUCUACUAGGUGAGUGACUGUAUUUUUUUUGGUGGUGUUGUAUUUCCUUAUUUUGGCAUGUCCCUUAAACGAUUAUUCACAAAAUCAUGAACUGACCAUGGAUUUGUAAAGUUUAGGCCAACAUAGGUGAAUUGCAAAUAAUUGAUCAGGUAAGUGCAAAUUUAUGCCAAAAUGUGAGAUUCUGAUUCAUCGAUUAUGGCCUACAUUUUUCAAUUCCCUGGUUAAUUCCCAACAAAUAAUGUUUGUGACUAACCCUGAUAGUGUAUUUUAUGUGUUUUGUGGAGGAUUUAACAUGACAAAGCCAUGUAUUAACUUUAGUAUGCUAUCUCUGCACUACAGAGGUAUGAACCAAACCUAGUGUAAAUAAAGAUAUUGUCUGGAUCAGUGGAUUUGUUCUGUUUGUGUUUUGCAACUCUGUUUGCCCUUUGUGGUUUAAUUAGUCCUUUAUUACCUGAUUUAAGCAAGUAAUGCUGUAUAGCUACUGUUAAAUGCUAGAUGUUUACUUAAAAGGAAACUAUAAACUAUAGGCGCCCAGAACACUUCAUCUUAUUGAUUUUCAAAGAAACUGCAAUGUUUACAUUAAGUUAUUAAAGGGCAGACAGCCACUAGAGGCACUUCCUGACUUUUCGCAGUGUUUAAGUCCUUGAAACAGUGCUUUUGCAUGAGAAUGUCCAGUGUUUUGCGAAAUCCCAUAGGAAAGCAUUCACUGCGAAUCAGGUGUCCACCUUGCACUGACGUCUGAGGACAUGGAGCCAGCAACAUGGGACAUUGGCGCUGGGAUAGGGUUAUUUUUAAUUGAAGCAACGAAGAGGAGCACAGCGGCAGGAGGACACUAUAAAGUGCUCUUUUAAAAGAAUGGUACAUUUUUAUAGUAGUUUGUCGUUUAGGUGCUGUAAAAUGGGACGGAGUGACCAAAGGUUGAACCAGCAUAAAAAUGUUCGCCUUGUGGUUUACUUAUGCAAACAUUUUUAUUUUUUUUAGAUGUGUAAUGACUUUUGUUGUUGCUAACAUCAGUCUUGUUUUUUUUUUUUUAAACUCUCCCCUCCUUUUUAACUUUGUGAUUGAAUGCAUAUAUGACUUCCCCAGAAUCCAGUUUAUGUAUAAAAUGUUUUACCAAUAAGGGCACGUGAGAUUUGGCUUGUCUUUAUGUCCUGUGGCGCACAAUAUGCACAUAAUAGAAGACCUAUACAAUACUGUUAUAAAUUAACGAUGAGGGCAGAUGCUUUUUGUUUGAAUGCAGAUGAUGUAGACAAUUUCAGGUGGCAGGUUUCAUAUUAUCUGACAGACAAUUCUCUGUAUGGGGAGUUCUACAGGGGAACGCUACUCUGCCCACCUCCUGUUUGAAAUUGGCAAUGGAAAGUAAGGUGCAGAAUUAGAGGCCAUAGAGGUGGUGGGAGCUGGAAAAAGAUACUGUUCAGGUAUUGUUAAAGGUUCCCUGAGAAGAUAUUUGGAACCACAUAAGAAAGGAAAAAAAUGUUUUGUUUCUAGUUAUUUCAACUUUCGAGAGAAAUAUGGGAGCAAAGCAUUCUGGGACAGAUUACAAAAAAAAACCCUAGGAAACGUGCAGGCUAAUUCUAGCUAGACCAUGAACUGCAAGUACCACUGUGGAGUUUAUAUACUAAAAUUGUAGUGAAGUGAAAAUAAAACCAUAGUCCACAAUAGCUGAAUUGGAAAAACUCUCCAAUGUUGACGUAGCCAUAGCUUGGCCAUGCAUGUGUUUUGCAAACCAUAAACCCACAUUACAACAUUUAAUUUUUACAAUUUCUGCCAGUCUAUCCAGUAAGCAGCUAAAUGACUAGCAAAUACACAUUUUAGCACAUUUAGAACCUAGACAUGCACAUGUCACAGCAGAACAGGAUUAAAUAUAAGGCGACCCUAGGGAACUGCCUAGCAGCCCGAGGUUAGACAGAGGUCCUGAAACCAUGGAUUUGUUUGGCUCCAUUAACCAUCCCUAUGUGAAGAAUGAAGGGGGCACUGCUCACCUGCCUAGGACCUUGCGGGAUCUUAAUCCUUCUCUGUGUCACAGGUUAUGUUUGACAUGAAAGGCAUACAUUAAUUUGUUUUUUGAGAGUACUUGUCAGUUCCCUGAUUAUGGAGGCUUAUUUUAUGAUGGGUUAAAUCUAAAUCUAAUUGCAGUAAGACAGGCAGCUCUGUCCCGAUCACAGCGUUUGUUCUUGUGUAUUCAGCUGAGGAGCGGCUGUAAAAAGCUCCAGUGUUCUAUUGUGCUGUGUGUUCUGAUAAAUAAGGAAAUUGGCUCACACUUUGCAGUGAUACUUAACAUAGCAUGCAAUACAGUAGUAUAGAGGAACUCCACCAAUUUCCCACAGAGAUCCAUGUCACAGUCGCAGGGGUGACGUACAGCUGAACUAAAGAUUUUUACCAAAUGUUAAUCCAUAUAUUCGGACUUUAUUUUAGUAACAAUACUCCUCUAACUUCUUUUCAUAUUGAAAAUGUCUGUCGAAAAGUUGUUACAGAAGCCUUAAGAAAAAAAAAUAUAUAGAAUAGAUAUAUUCUUCAGUUGUGCCUGGCAUAAAUACAUCUGUUGGGAGCCCGUGUAGCUGCAAAAAAUUUAAAUUUAAAGUGACAUUCCAAGUAUCAUAGCUACAAAGAGUUAUUGUAGUAGGUAAGGGACAGGGAAGUUAUGGAUACAGUCCAUUCAUGAUUUUUCUUUUCUUUCGUCAAACCAUGUUAAUUUAGUUUUACAAAAACGGGGAAUUUUUACUUCCUAAUUUUCCAUUGUCAGGGUUUCUGCACUGGCAGACAUUUUGUGUUACGAUAUAUUUGUACAGAGUAUAGCAGGAUUCAAGUGUGCAGUCCUUCACUGUUAACCCUUUUCUGUAGUCUUAUUUGUGUGGCAUGUCAGUUUAGAUGGCUUGUUUGUAGUAUGUUAUGAAUGAGGUAUGUAUUAUUUGUAUGUUUCCCUCACCUCUACCAAUGCCUCUCUACCUUUUAUACCUGUGUACUUGUUUCUCCACCCCUUGCCCCUCCUACCACUCUCUUCAUAUCCCUUCCCUAUUCAAGUUUCCCUUCUGUAUUUUUGUCCUAGUUGCGUCCUUCUGCCUCAUCUUUCUCCCCUGAGUCUCCUAGUUGUGGCCUCUAAUCUAUCCCAGUGAUUACAUUUGACCACCUUGGCAUUAGGUCCCCUGUUUGUUGUCUACCUCUUAACCCCACCAAUGUCCUUUGUGUGUCACUGCAAUUCCCUAUUGUCUUGGUCCCUACAUCUCCAUGUGACCACAGCAGAGGCAAACAUUGCCUUCUGCUCUGUCUCUUCACUGGAGCUCUGGUGCUGUGGUUGUAUCAGUGGAGAAAGGGUCAGGAUAAUUUCAUGGUGCUCCCUGUUAAUAAGCUGAAUAAAUAGUUGAAAUGAUAGUCAUUUGUGUGUCCUUACAGUAAGUGGAAGCAUUGUAUACAGUGGAACUCUAUGGCAUUACAUUCCUGCCUGUUUCAUGUGUCAACGUUCGUCAACAAUGACCUGUUCAGUAUUGUUUGCCACAUACUAGUAACAGACAGUUUUUAAUAUCCAUGCAAACGUCUGUGUGAGUGGGUUUUCUUGUGCUGCACCUUUAACGUAGGCUGAAUUUCUAAACUUGGCUUGUACCAGUGUUCACACUCACCUAUGCUAUUUAUUUUUGGAAGUGUUGAAAAAGGGAAUUCAUGCACAUUUGCUUAACUUACUAGUUAAAUUAAUUUCUAAGCAACAUAGAAACGCUACCAUAGUCCACAACAGCUGAAUUGGGGAAACUCUCCAAUGUUGCUGUAGCCAUAGCUUGGCCAUGCGUGUGUUUUGCAAACCAUAAACCCACGUUACAACAUUUAAUUUUUACAAUAUCUGCCAGUCUAUCCAGUCAGCAGCUAAAUGACUAGCAAAUACACAUUUUAGCACAUUUAGAACCCAGACAUGCACAUGUCACAGCAGAACAGGAUUAAAUAUAAGGCGACCCUAGGGAACUGCCUAGCGGCCCGAGGUUAGACAGAGGUCCUGAAAAAUAUUCAUAUUUUUGAGAUUAAAAAUUGCAAGCACGUUUAAGCCGAGUCUUUGUUUCCCCUCUGUUUCCAUGCAACUACAUUUGCUUGUAAUAAUUUACUUUUUGAUCUGUUUAUCCGGUUUAUAUAGUCCACGGUGUAACUUGUUGUUAAUAAUAACCUUGUUAAGGUGAUCCCCGUCAGGACUAAUGGAGCUAUUACAAAGAUACUAUUGUUCGUAUCCAUUCUUCAGGUUAACGCCAAGCUAUACCUAUCCCUCAUAGAAACUCUGUAGAACUUACCUACUGCGGUAUCACAUUCAGUAAAAGAACACAAUCAUUUAAAAGGUACUGGAUUGUAUCAAUGUGUGAAAAUCUGUAUCAUGUGUUAUUUUGAAGUCCCUACUGGUUCUCUUGACCGCUGGGUUUAUUGUUGAUCACACUUGGUACCCAAUCCAUGCCAGCCUGUAAUACAGUUUUUAGGAGAAUAUGAUCAAAAGUGGUGCAAAAACUAUGAAAAAUGUGAAGUCACCAAAUGUUAGCUGUUCCUACUGGUUUUAUUUGUACUUGAAGUCCACUCUUUAGAACAGAGCACUUUAAUAAAUUCCCUCCUGUGUACAGGAAUAUAACUUAUAGAAAGUAAUGCAAUGGAUUUUUUUUUUGUUCUUUUCUUGAGACCUUUAUCAAUGUAAAAAACAAACCAAAGUUCUAAAUUCUCUGUGGGUUGAAACGUUCUUUAUGAAUGUUGCUUUAAUUCCCUCAAUUGACAUCUUCCAUGUAAACAGUAUAAACCUAAAUAAAUAGAAUGGCGCAAAAUACAAUAGAUCUAAUAAGUGCAGCAAGUAACCAACAAACAAAUCCCGGUAAUGAAAUUUGGACACAAUAAUCUCACUUUGUUGGUCACAUAAACCACUUUUUGCACCAAUUUUUAAUAUUAAUGCACCUAGGUUUGUGACACGGAUGCUGAUUGUUAAUUGUAUUAUAUAUUGCAUAGAGGUUUUAUCCUUUAAAGACACCCAUAGUGAGUAUUUUAUUAAUUAUUGCACACCAUCACUUCUUUUGUAUCUUCCAUGUAAAAUAUCUGUUGGACCCUACAAAGGCAGUUUAUUCGUGUUUUGUAUUUGCUCAGAGAAUUAACUUUUUUUUUAUUUUUUUUUUUAUAAAGUUCACUAUAAAUGGCCCAGAAAUGUCUUUUAUUGUUUUCCAAUGAUUGAGAUCAAAGAAUGAUCGAGGUUGGACAUUUUUUGAAGAAUUUCAACAACAUUUUGUGAUACAAGUAUGAAAAAUAGUGAAUUUAUUUAUGUUCUCUUAAAGCUGCCAUUCUCUUACUUAAGACAACACUGAUAAUUUCAAAUUGUGCAUUAACAGGAAAGCAAAAGAAAUUUGACUAAGUCAAAAUGGCUGAAUUUGAAGCUCUUCCAAGUUGGCUAUGUAUGGUUUUUUCAGCUUGGGUAGUCUAGUCUAACUUUAGAAAUGGGUUAUUUGUAUUCUCUUUCAAUUACCAGCACUUCACAGUUUAGUGAAUAAUCUAGUUGAACUGUAAUCCGUGAUCUCGUCAUUUUCUUUCUCCACUUGUGUAACCUGCAAAUAGUCUUAAAUAAAUCUACAGAGUACUUAAACGAUCACUAUAGGCACCCAGACCACUUCAGCUCAAUGAAGUGGUCUGAGUGAAAUGUUUUCAGCAGGUCCCCCUAGUUUUAACCCUGCAGCUAAAACCAUAGCAGUUUCGCUUUUACACUGCAGGGCUAAUCCAGCCUCUAGUGGCUGUGUCCCUGAAAGCCGCUUCCGCGAUUCUCCGUGUGAAAAUCACAUUGAACUCACGCAGUGUGAGUUCAGAUCCCCAUAGGAAAGCAUUGAAUAAUGCUUUCCUAUGGGCGGUAUGAAUGCGUGCGGCUCCUGCCGCGCAUUCUGCUCCACUUGGGAACUGUCGUCAGCAGGGGGAGGAGAGGUCACCAGCGCAAAGGGAGCCCAGUGCUGGAUUAAGAUAAAUUGAUAUGUGCAUAUUGUGAAAAUGAUGGAUCUUGAUGUAGUUGUCGGCCAUUAAUUAAUUUUUUAUUUUAUUUUUAUUUCAUUUUUAACUAUUUUUUUUGUUUGUUUGUUUUCCUCCCCAUGUCUAUAAAGUAUGCAUCUUUUAAUUUCUGUGAAAUUUCACUUGGCUGCAAAUACUGGAAUAUUGCAUACAUUUUGUCAAUAGGGCUCACUUUGUUAUUAUGACUUUGUUGUCUUUUCAGUGAAAUUCCGGUUGACCCUUACAAAAUCUUCCUAUCUUACUGGACGAUAUACUCUCUUUUUGUGCAGUGUUCUUGAAUCACGGCACAGAAAUAUGCAGGGUGGCUCCCCUCAUAUCCUGGCUGAAGGAAUUAUGCGGAAUGCAAUCAUUAUAAUUUGGGUUUCAAAAUUACCCCGGAUAAAGGAGUCACAGAGCAUCCAUGUAUAAUUGUAAAAAUAUGCUAACCAGACUGGUGACCUUUUAUGGAAGAGAUUGACCUUGCACCAACAUUCAUCUCUGAAGGGAGUAGCGAAGUGUAAAUAUAAUUAUCGUGAUGUUAACAUUUUAUUUCCAAAUAGCAUUGCUGAGAAGACCUAAAUGCUCUGAGAUUAUUUCAGAAUGUCAGAUGCCUUUUGCUUAUUAAAUGUGAUCUGUUUUCGUUCAACAUGUGGUUCGACUCUUUCACAAAGUUUCAAACUCCCACAUUAUUAGGAAAAAAUGUAUCUGCAAUUGAGAAUCAGAUGUGUAUAUUUUACAUUUGUGAUUAAAACAUAGAUGCCACUUACAAGAUAUAGCUAGUGGUAUGUUUACAUUUGAUAAUUAAUAUCUUUAGAAAACAGGAUCCAUUAACAGUUGCUAUUCUACUUUUAUCAAGGUGGAAUUGGCCGGUUUUAACUGAUAGGAAAAGAAGGCAAGAUAUAUUGUUCGAAAAAAAUUGAAUUGUUAAGACUGAUACAGGAUUUAGAACAUUGCAUGACUAAAACACACACACACACAGACACACACACACACACACACACAAAUUGAAUUGUUAAGACUGAUAUAGGAUUUAGAACAUUGCAUGACUAAAACACACACACACACGCACAAAAAUUGAAUUGUUAAGACUGAUAUAGGAUUUAGAACAUUGCAUGACUAAAACACACACACACACGCACAAAAAUUGAAUUGUUAAGACUGAUACAGGAUUUAGAACAUUGCAUGACUAAAACACACACACACACACACACACACAAAAAUUGAAUUGUUAAGACUGAUACAGGAUUUAGAACAUUGCAUGACUAAAACACACACACACACACAAAAAUUGAAUUGUUAAGACUGAUACAGGAUUUAGAACAUUGCAUGACUAAAACACACACACACACGCGUGUGUGUGUGUGUGUUUUAGUCAUGCAAUGUUCUAAAUCCUGUAUCAGUCUUAACAAUUAAAUUUUUUUCGAACAAUAUAUCUUGCCUUCUUUUCCUAUCAGUUAAAACCGGCCAAUUCCACCUUGAUAAAAGUAGAAUAGCAACUGUUUUAUAUAUAUUCAAUUUAAGUGUGAUUAAUGGCAAACAAUUGUAAAUUGCCACUAAAAUUGUAAUGUUAAAGUGUUCUUAAUAAGAUAUUCUUUCUUGCAUUAAUAGAUUUAUACCACUAUUAAGAGUUCUAGUCUUCUAUUGUUUCUCCAUAAUCCUAGUCAAUCAUACACUAUGUAUGGAGGCAAUACACCACACAUACUACAUGUCCUUGAGUAGAAAGUAGUAUUGUCUCGUAUAACUAACUAAAAACACGUUCGUCACCUCCCGAAAUAGUUUUCUUGCCCUAAUAUAUCACAUUGGGUACUAAGAGGGACACGUGGGAAUAAUGCACUAAACCUUCAGAAAUAUGUGAUGAUUGCCACAGUACUUGAUAUUGUCACAUGAUAAGGUUAAGUGUGUGUUUUUUUAAAGCUUCCACUAUCUUUUGUAUCCAGAAUGGAAGGCAGUGUCUGGGUAGAUCAGGUGACAUUCUGAAUAACAUUAAUGGAAGCUAUUAGCAUGUGCUUCAGAUGGGAUUUGAAUUCUAAAUAUGCUAUCCUUAGGCUGUUCCUUUCCUGCAGAGGAAGCUAGGAUUUGUGCCACAGAUUACAGCAGUACACUUCAGGAUUUAGAAUGGAAAAUAAACAUGGAAUGGGCAUUGUGUAUAUUUUCACUUUACGUUACUUGAUAAUGAAUGAAGGCCUAUCUGCAGACCUGCAUUGCAGCACCAAUGAACCUUCAAUGAAAAAUGCAUAUUUUGUUAAUCAGAUACAUGUAUUCAUUUCAUUAAAGGGGAACCGUUGCAUUACGCCAUUGAAUAAAACAUUGGAAUACAACUAUAAUUAGUGUUAACCCCAUGGUUUUGGGUUUUUUAGUAUUUCUCUGCCCUCCCUCCCCCCUCCCCCAUAUUUUUUCUUUUUUUUGUGAUGCUAUGGGUUUGUUUGUUUUGGUUUUUUUUUGGCUGGGAGGGGGGGAGUGUUAACAUUUGUAUUUAUUUUUGUUAAAGCUUUAGCAAAUCACAUUAUAAUCCAAUUCAAUCCAAGAGGAGGUGGAGAAAUAGAAAUAUUAGUUUAAGUUCUCCUCUGCUUUCUCUAUGCCAAGUUCCAAGGACAGCGUUUAUAACAGUGAUUUGACAGGAGCUAAGAUGGAGGUGCCCAGUUGCAGGAAAAAAUCUAGCUUUCUGUAGAUAAAUGUAUAUUGCAUACCUCGCAAAUACAUAUUUGCAAAACUUGGGCAAUAAGUAAACAUAACGUUAAAAAUCAUGGGAAGUACUAGUCCCUCUUUCAAGAUUUUUUUUUUCCACUUUCAGUUUUUUUCUUUUACCUCUACAUUCACAAUCAAGCAACACUAAUUAUAUUUUGUUACAUUUGAGUUCCCGAGUGUGCAUAAUAAUACAUUUCCAUAAAUGAGACCAUAUGGCGGUGGUUCAGUUGCCUUUGUGAUUGCAUUACAGGAUGUGUAUAUCUUUGUUAAAUCUUCCAUUUUCCCCUGUGGAAUCUUGCAGUAUUGAUUUACAGAAAGUUGAACCCUGCAGCUUUUAAUUUGGCAUUGGCAUGUACCUGUUGUGUGCUUUAAUUCAAGUUAAAGUGAAAGAGUUGGUGUAUUGUGCAUGUACCUGCUGUGUGCAUUUCCUCCAGUUGUCAUAGGUAAGCGUUGUUGUAGUUGGCGUGUACCUGCUGUGUGCAUUUCCUGCAGUUGUCAUAGGUAAGCGUUGUUGUAGUUGGCGUGUACCUGCUGUGUGCAUUUCCUCCAGUUGUCAUAGGUAAGCGUUGUUGUAGUUGGCAUGUACCUGCUGUGUGCAUUUCCUCCAGUUGUCAUAGGUAAGCGUUGUUGUAGUUGGCAUGUACCUGCUGUGUGCAUUUCCUGCAGUUGUCAUAGGUAAGCGUUGUUGUAGUUGGCGUGUACCUGCUGUGUGCAUUUCCUGCAGUAUUGGGGGGUAGGAGCUGGUGUAUUUUAUAUAAAGCUAAGGUGAGUUUAGUUAAUUGCUGUCCUAGAGAACUUCUAACUGUUGAGAGAGAGCCUUUGCUAUACAUAUGUUAAUUAAACCCAGACACUGUCUGUACAGCAGGACUAACAAAGCGUAUUUCACUACAGAUCUGAUCCAAUCUGACCACCCAAAAGAUUGCGGCACAGAGCAAUUAUGUUGAAUUCGCAUCUGAUUUAAAAAAAAAUUGCAUGUGGUUAAUAUUUUGGCGAGUUACGUAAUUUUUUUUUUUUUUCUUAUAAAACCAUAUUAUAUCAUUGAUACAGUAUUCUCUCGUGUUUUAAAUUUUUUUGUACAAAGAAUUGUGGGUUACAUUUUGAAACCGAAUUUCAUUUUUCCCCCCCUUUUCUUUAAAAAUUGUUUGUUUUUGUAACGCAUUAAGGCAUGCCUGUAGGAAAUGUCUGUUUUGGAGUGAAGAGGAUAAUGUCUCUGCGGACCACACACAGGCAUUGAAGGAUAAGAUUUCAGACAGCCAAUUAGUUGAGACUGACAUAACAGUGUAAUAAAAAGCACUUAUUAAAAAUACAUGUAGUGUUGCUAAACUACAAGCCUGCAGAUUUUUUAUGCACAGUUUUUACCAUCCUUGAGAAAGUUCCUAUACGACACCAAAAUAUUGACGUGUUUAUUAAUUGAAUAAUCUUUCUAAGCUAGCCUGUUACUGCUAAAGCAAAACUAUAUAUUUUUAUUAAUCAUUUAUCAUAAAGAAUGCCACGUUUCCUCAGUGCCACAAUUAUUAUUACUAAAUAAAAUCCUGAUCGACACAUGCACAUUAUAACCGUUAUUAGUGGUUAGAUCACUUUUAAAAAAAACAAAACAUUUUAAUUCUUUUCUUAUUUCUCUGUACAACCAACAUAAUUCUGUAUUCUUGCUGUAGCAUUAAAUAUAUCACACUAUGUAAACCGUUUCAGGGCCUUGUUGUGUAAGGUUCUGGCACAUCUGCCUAUUCCCAAUUAUGACAUUGGUGUUUCAAAGUAAGCUAUCAAAUAAUAACCACAUAAUCGUGAUUUAAAAAAUGAUUUUGCUGAUAAGAGUUUUACUCUUACUUUUCCCUAGCACAAUCCAUCAUUGUAUCAACAAAAGAUCAAGUAACCAUGUUUGUACAAUUUUCUUUUUUUUUUCUUUUAGUGUAUAAUAUUUCAGGUUACGUAUUUCAAAUUUCUGUAACCUAAGAAUUGGCUAUCCUUAAAAUAACAAUGUGCUUUUAUUUUCAUUUGAACAGCUGAACUUCAGUGUAAGUUUAUCUGACAUGGCUUGUGCUUCUAUUUAUAAAAUAAUGAUUUGCAGUGUGCGUAUUUAAUCCUAUGUAAUCAGGAACAUUUUCCUUAACGAACACUAACAUGUUCCUAAUAGAGCUUUAGGCAAGUGCUAUGUAUGAAUCAAAAUGCCCCAUAGGAAAGCCCUGAAUGAAGUCACAUGACAGAGUUUUACUCCAUUAUUGAAGCAGGAAGUACUGUCCUACUGACAGCCAAUGGGAGCACUUCCUGCUGCAGUCACAUGACAGGAAAGCAUUGAUACAGUGUGUUUAAUCAUGCAAUGUAAACGUUGCAAUUUCUGAACCCUUUUGCGACGCUAGACAGAAAUUUUCUGUCAUGCUUGUCCUUGCGUUAAGGUUGCAUAACGGAAAAUUUCCGUCAUUUACUAAAGUUAACCCCAGAUUGCGGGGUUAAUGCUCCUCUGGUCUGCCAGUUGAUCACUGCCUACAGUAAUCAAAAUACAGAUCACAGUAUUAUACUGUGAUAUGAUUUUUAAAAAAAAUUUUUUAAACCCCUAAAGGUUAAUUUUUUUUUUAUUUUUUUAACCUCAGGGGUUCAAUUUAUUUAAUUUUAAAAUUAUAUAUUUUGCUAGCUGGGGUGGGUGGAAGUUAUGGGAAAUUUGGGAAUUUACUGUUAGUGCUGCUUGCUGCUAGUUAGGGGUUAAUGGUAAAGUUUUAAGAGUUUUUUUUUAAAAAAGUUGAAAAAAUUUAAUGAGUAAAAAAAAAAGUUCUAAAACAAGUUUUAAAAAGUAAAAGUAAAGUUUAAAGGAGUAAAUACAUACAUUAAAAAAUGCUCAUUACCACUACACCUGGAACAAACUAGAGAAAAAAAUGAUCCCACGCUAAGGUUCAAAAUAUGCCUUUUGAAAUACCCCAGGGUGUAUUCUUUAAUAGUGUUUGUGGGGUAGUUUGAAUAACCAACCAGCUUAAAACUACUCCAAAAUGUAACAUUGACACAGCGUAAAACUUCAAAGGUUAGAAAAAAACUGUCUGUGUCUCAAAUGUGCACCUACAACUGACAAAGGUACAUACAUGCUGUAUUCAGACAGCAUAGCUGGGCAACAUAUCAAGUAUUUUACAGCCGUAGCACACAUAAGAUUUGCAAAAUAUACUGUGCAAACUCACUUUGUGUGUCAAAAAGACAGAAAAAAUGCUUAUUACCACUAUACUUGGUACAAGCUAGUGGGAAAAAUGAUCCCACGCUAAGGUUCAAAAUAUGCCUUUUGAAAUACCUGGGGAUGACUUUAAGAAAUGGCAUGCCUUUAUGGUGUAGUUGGAAUAUGUAGCAUGCUAAAGUGCUCCAAAGUGGGACACUGACGCAUCAAAACCCUCCAUGAAAAUUAAAACUCAAAAACAUGAACUUCACGUCUCUUUUACAGCACUGUAACUUCACAAAAUAGUGCCUGGGUCAUACAUUGGGCAUACUGUUUUACUCAGAAGAUGUAACUAAGCAUAAUUUGGGGGAUUUCAUGACAGUGGCACAUAUCAAGUGUAAGAAAUACACAUACAAAUGCAACAUGUAUGUGUAAAUGCCAUUUUUCUCCCCCUCAGCACAAACAUUGACAUAAAUUGGUGGAAAAAAUGGUGACAAGUUAAGGCACAAUAUACGCCAUAUAAGAUACCCUGGGGUGUCUGUUUAAAUAACCCCACAAAGGCCUUCCAUUUGAUAAAGCAGUCAAACUGCUAUAAUACCCCAAUAUGAGACAUAGGCCAGUCAAAUCCAUCUAUGGAAAUUUUAACUAAAGAAACUGAAAUAGCCUAGUCUCUGGCAUUGUAGCUUCACAUAAUAGUGCCAAAGGCAUGCAAUAGGGUAUCAUUAUACUCAGCAGAUGUAGCUGAAUACAAUAUGGGGCUCUGUGUAGGAAUAGCACACACCAGCUUUACGAAAAACACAUUACAAAAACCUUGUUUUAUGUAUAUAUGCCAAAAUAGAGCAAAAACACAGUUUUACUCCAAUAUUUAGCAGAGAUUGGCGAUGAAAUGGCUACGUAAAAAGUGUGAAAAUAACACUAGGUAAAUAGCCUGUGAUAUCUACUUUACUUUUCUGUGGCAAUUUUGUUUUCUGUGAUGGCUACUAAACCUACAAGACAAACAUACCAACUUCUAAAAUUGUUUCACAUUGAAAUUUUAUUCUAGGUCCUUGUAUUUUGUGUCCUGUAACUAUCAAAAGAAACUGAAAUCCUACACCUAUUAUGAAGUCUAUAAAUCAAGAGACAUAAAUGAAUUUAUUAUGAAUUUCUUUUUGUAAGCUGGACAUAUUAUACACAUGCUAUUAUUGCCAAAAACUGGGGAAAAAAUAGUCGUCGUCCCCCACCCCAUUUCUGGGGCUUUUUUUAAUGUUUUAUAAUUAUUGAGAAUUUAUCUAUGUAUAUGUGACAUGAAAUUAAAGCCCAUUUUGCCCCGUAAAAAUGGUAUCUUAUAUGUUUUGGUGCAAUAAAUAAUGAUGAUAAAGUAUUUAACCAGGAAAGGUACAUUCAGAUUACUCUAGUACAUCCAGGGGAUGUUACAGCCCAACACCCAGGGGUUGUUACUAUUAACAAAUAUAAAUGACAGAGAUGCAAAUUGCAUUUGAACACAACAGCAAAAAAUGCAAAAAUGGCUUGUGUCCUUAAAGGUAAGACAAGCUUUUGUAACUGUGUCCUUAAGGGGUUAAACUAAAAUAAAUGUAAAAACGCAAUGUUUGACGUUGCAGGGUUAAACCUACAGGGCCCAGCACCUAGGCCACUGCAUUGAAAUGAAGUGUGACUUUAGUAGUCCUUUAUUGUAACCCAAAGAUUCUCUGGUCAUCUAACCUCAUGGGAUAGAGACAGAACACUAAGGGGGGGACUUCUCAAAGUAUUUUGUUCUAAAAAGUGGUGUAAAGUAAUCAAAAUGGGUGCCAUCACCAUGGAAACAUUAUGCAUUUUACAUUUUUGUACCACUUUAUAGAAACUCUUUGAGAAAUGCAUCUCGAGACUACAUUCAGUUGGAUAUUUUGAUGGAUACAUGAUAGAUCUGGCUUCCUCCAGUCUGCCUAAAGACCUACCUCUUAUUUUAUAGUAGGUAUGGGAUUGUUUAUGUACAGUAUAUUGUGCAAUCAAAUCACCAAUAAGGGUUUAAAAAAAAAAAAAAUUAAACAAAAUUAUGUAGGGGUUUGCCUGGAGGUAUGAUCAGGGGUCUAGUUUAUCCAGACUAUUUUGGUCGCUCCAUGAAAUGUUGACACAAAAUUAUUUUUGUUGAAAAUGUAAUUUAGAGCAGGACAGAUCUAACUUAUUUAAAACAUAUUUUCUAAAUCCAUUAUAGUUUAGACCAGGGGUUUCCAAUUAAUUUUACCUGUGGAACCCUUUGACACACAGAUACACACUGACACACUCAGAUACACACAGGCACAUACAAACACACAUACCAUUAUAAUUUAUUUGUUUAACAUUUUACUCCACCCAGCCCCCCUACCUUUAGGAGUGCUGACAUGGAGUCCCUGUGGUCCAGUGGGGCUGCUGGGUGGCUGGAGAGCAGUCCCUGGGGUCCAGUGGGGCUGCUGAGCGGCUGACGUGCGGGUGGCGAGGGAGCAGUGAUCUCCCUGCUCUGCUCCCUUGCGAGCCUCUUAGUGAUGCCAGAGCUGAAAUGUGACGUCAUAUUCUGGCUCCGGCAUCACUGCUGUGAGCGCGAGGGAGCGGAGCAUGGAGAUCACUGCUCCCUCACUGCCCGCGGCCAUUUUGUUUUAAACUUUUUUUUUGCCGAACCCCAAUUAGUGUUCUGCGGAAGAACACCAAUUAGGAAACGCUGGCUUAGACCAUUAUUGAGAUUUGUUUUGGUGAGAUUCUAAUGUAAGUUUCUAGAAAAGAGGGGCACAGCUGUAAGAGGUUGUUUUUGUUUAAAAAGGACUCUUUGAAAUGUGGUGUCAAUGGAAGGCUAUUCCAUAUAUCUCAAAAAGUUAAAGCUAUUACUAUUUUUUUCCUGUACAAGCAUAUAUUCUACGGAAUUUACCACACUGCCCAUUAACCUUUUAAGUCUUCUUAAAUAACUCAUUAAUCCCUUUCUCUGCAGUUGUUGUUGUUAGCCAUUAAAUCUUAAUCCAUUUUUGUUCUAAAUAAAUGCCAUUAAGUUGGCAAAUAGUAAGAUCUAUUUACAACCUGCCAAUUAGUUUGAAAGUGUGUGCUAAGCCCUUUAAACUCGCUAGGAGAGAAAUACGCUGAAUAAAUAAAUAUUUAUACUAGCCUUCACAUGCAAACAUUGCAGUCACAGUGUACAGUGCAGCAUCUUCUGGAUAGAUAUAACUUCUCGAUUGGCAUUUAUAUGGCCGUUACUUACAUGUGUUUGGUUAUUAUUUUUUUUUUCAUUUUAUUAUAGUCUGUUUGUAACUAUAUUGCUAAAUUGGAGAAUUUUUCCAGAGCAGCUAUUCAAGCCUAAAUUUCAGAGUUCAGAUUUAAUUAUACCUAUUUUAUCUCUUCUGUGAGAAAGUUCCUUGAGCAUGCAUGGUUUAUUUUAAAGGAACCCUUAUAGGGUUAAGAAUGCAUUUGCCAUUGCUCCCCAAUGCUUUCCAAAGACUUCAAAAUGUAGGUGAUUGGGUAACAUAGAAACAUAGAAUGUGACAGCAGAUAAGAACCAUUCGGCCCAUCUAGUCUGCCCAAUUUUCUAAAUACUUUCAUUAGUCUCUGGCCUAUUCUUAUAGUUAGGAUAGCCUUAUGCCUAUCCCACGCAUGCUUAAACCCCUUGAUCGCACAAUAUACUGUACAUAAACAAUCCCAUACCUCCUAUAAAAUAAGAGGUAGGUCUUUAGGCAGACUGUAGGAAGCCAGAUCUAUGAAAAAUGUUAUUCUUGAUCCAAGAAGAUAUUACAGAUAUACAGGUAAUUGUACAUUGCGUCACAGGUCAAAACACGAGAUCAGGGAGUCGUAGCAUACUGAAGAAUACGUCCAUGCACAUAACAUGUUCACAUUACAGCCUUCAAUAUACGAGAAUUUUAUAGAAAACCAUAACCUACGUAGUUGGGUUCAAGACCCAGGUAAUGGUCAGUAAGGUGUCUUCUAUCUUUAGGACGCUCGGCCUAUCCUGAACCUAAUUGUUGUCUUUGGUGUGUCCUCAAAGGGUGAGGUGUAUAUUUGGGGUGUGGUCCACUUAUCGUAUCACCUCAAGCAUUUACUUCAACCUCUUUGGCUGUUCUUGUCAUUUUUGAUACAUGUUCAAUAGCAUCACCUCUUUGUAAAUAGAAACAUAACAGAAGAAACAAAGUGAAAAAAUACAAAGCAUAAUAUGCUAAAAACUUUCCAAGCAGGUUUCCGAUCACAAUUAAUUAUAUUCUUGCAUUCAUAUAAAGUACAGGAUAUUCUCUGGGCCCUGCUAAGUGGGUUUUUUUUUUUUUUUUAAAUUGUAUUGUAACUUGAUUAAUGUGACAUACAAUUUUAAAAUCCGUAGGAAUAAUCCGGUUUAACGGUUAUUAUUCAUUAUAUGUAAUCACAGAAGAGUAGCACACAAUAAGCUUGACCCAAUGUUAAAAAAAUAUUACAUUUGAUUUGCUGUUGACAGAAUACCUUUUAAUUUAAUAACAAAUAUUCUUAUGCCUAUCCCACGCAUGCUUAAACCCCUUGAUCGCACAAUAUACUGUACAUAAACAAUCCCAUACCUCCUAUAAAAUAAGAGGUAGGUCUGAUUUGCUGUUGACAGAAUACCUUUUAAUUUAAUAACAAAUAUUCUUAAUAAACCUCAUGCAAUGAAGCUAGCUAAACUUGCUGUGCGAACGCAAAUCAUCAAGCCCAAAGCGUUAGUUUUACUGGCUUUUUGUUUUGUUAUCUUAAAUUAGUGUUGAGUUCUCUGUCUUUGUCAAGAUUAAACCUUGAGAUUAAAAUUGAGUGCGUAAUGACGCUAAAAUAGAAUCCUUUCAAGAAAACCCGCAAAUAUCAUAAAAAAAUGCACUAGUACACGUUCAUUGCACCAGGAAAUAAUGGGAAAAGUUAAGCUGUGUAAUGUGAUCGAUUGUUUUUAAGUAGGUUAUUAUGGGCUAUUCACCAGAGUGGGAAUUUCUAGAUUUCUAGAAAAUUCUAAUUUCAGUGAAUAACUCUGAUAGUAAAGUUUGUGUUUUUUUUGUAAAUAGAAUUAGAAUAGUAACUACAAGUAAUACACAGGAAUUUAGCAAGGGGGUGUAGGGGAAGCCGAAAACCUUUUGUAUAUACUUUCAAGCAGAAUUCCUCUAGAAACGUUGACUGUGCGGGAAUGGGAGAUAAGACUGAUGCGGAUAGCUUACUGCUAUGCCGAACCAAUGCCACUUACACCAACCUUAAUUCUGAGUUGUUUUGUCCUGCCUUGCUGACUCUUGCAUGCACCUUAAAGUUAAUUUUUUUAUUUUUUUAUGUAUAUAUUUUUAGUGUUGGUGGCUGUAUUCUUUUAAAAUGCCGUUAGUAUCAGGGGUUUUGUCCUGCCUUGCUGAGUCUUGUGGUGCAACUUUUUAUUUGAAAUGUUUUACAUUUUUUUUUAUUUUUAUUGUUGUAUGAAUAUGCCAGCUACCUCUGAAACAGAAAAUUGCGUUUAAGGAUAUUUAAAUUAAAAGGCUUUUAAUUGUAGUUGUUUCUUCCUGCUUGAGUAUGGUUACGUUUUCUACCAUUUACAGCUGGUAGAAGCCAGUAGGCGGAUAGUCACUACACUGCAGACUCGGUGUGUGGGAAAGCCAUGUUCUUUGUAAGGUGGAACAUGUGAGUGGGUUGUUAACUGCUCAUUCACUUUUAUCUGUCAUUUAAAAAAAAAAAUAACCUUAUUUUCAAAUUAAAAUGACAUCUGUUGCUGCUGCUUCACUUUUUUUCCCAUCAAUAUACAAGACUGCAAAAGAAAUAUAAUUUAUAACAGUCAUUAAGUUCUUACUUAAUACAUAUUUAAUAUAGAUUUUGAUAUGACAACUCACAAUUGGCAUUGCAACAAUACUUAAUAUUACAUAGCCAUUAGGCUAGGCGAUAUUUGAGGCAUUUUUCCAUUGCAGUACAUUAGACACACUGUCCCCCUUUUGGUUUGUGCAAGUAGUUUUCCCUGAAAUAAUCAAACUGAGAAAAUAUUUGUACGAAACCGAAACACCACAUGGAUGAAACACUUUUUUCAUCCAGACCAUAUUAUUUUUUUCCCCAGGCUAACCAAUUUAUGUUGUUGUUGUUGUUGUUGUUGUUGUUAUUUAUUUUUAUUUAUUUAUUUAUGAAUGGAUAUUUUCUAGCCCCAGGGUGGCGGGGAAGCUGCUGACUUUAAUAUUAAUCUUAAUUUUAAAAGGGACUGAUCCUCUUUAAUUAGAGUCUGACACUUUACCUAAAUUCAUUCAGGUGUUCCUGUAAAUAACAUGUCUGACCCCCUCAUGCUCUCACUUUACCCCACCACACCUGCUUGCACACGCUGCAACCCCCACCCCAAGUUCUCAAGUUGGUGUGGUUUGCAUCCAGCAUUAGACUGGAACAGUUAAACUUCUCUGGGGUGGUAAAACCACAGGGGUCUGUCCUCCUUGGCUGUAUUCAUUCACCACUGCCAUCUUUCAUCUGUGCUUCCGUCUAUGGCUUAGUGAAAUCUUGGGACGAAAGCUGGAAUUUCCAAACAUGUGUUUUAAAUCCAGCUACUACAUGUUCUUAACUUUCCACUUGCAUGUGGCACUGGGAAACUGCUCGUGUAAUAAACUUACUGAGUGGUUUUAUUUGAAAGAUUUAACCCGACAUCAGUGGAAGCAGAAGUCCACAUACUGUAAACUUCACCUGACUGUGAUAUGACACUCGUUACAACUCCCUGCAAGCGUUUUUAUUGGACUUCACAGUAAUUCCGUCGCCUUUUGAAGUGGGUUGACUCAGGUUUAAAUCACAGUUUUAAAUCCAAGUGACCCCAGGCUCUAGUAUUAGCAUGAGUCAGUCCAACUGUGCAGCAGCAGGAUGUUAGAGGUGAGGGGGUAUGUUAUUCUAGUUUAGAACUGCAAAAUUUUGUUAUAUUUAUACACCUUUACUGAUCUAUUACCUAGAACAGUUUAAAAACAUUGCCUUAUCAACUGUUCAUUUAGUACUCUCAGUAUCUUCAUCCAUGUAACAAGAGGUCGCCGCCUUAGUUUUUGUCUUUUUUGGGGGGGGAGGGGGCGGGGGUAUUUUUCAGUCUGGAUCUUUUUUGAUGAUUUUUUUUUAUUUAUUUAUUUUUUUUAUUUUUUGGGGGUAAAAAAAACCAAAACUGUUUUUGUCUCCACUAUAAAAUAUAACUUCAAAACACUAAACCAAACUCUCCUUUUUUCUAAUUCUAAUAAUAGUUGAGUAGCUCUUGGUCCAGAUGUAAAAGUGCUAUGUCUGCAGUGGUGGAGGAAACAGAAUUCUCGUCACUGGAUUCAUUACGGCCACCAUCAGUCAUUGGGUACACUAUGUCCUCACAAAAGAGUGGUUCUGAUGACUACCACAAAGUAGACUCUGCUGCACUCUCCCUUAGUACCAAAAAGGAAUAACGCUUGAACUACCUAUGGAAGAAGGAGCUGCAGUGGAAGUGGCAGUAAAAGUUGUUGCAGCAUGAAAAUCAUGGUAAACAAUUGUCUCCUGGAUGUUGAAUCAGAUGUAAUGGACAUGCUGCUAAUCCCAUUAUCUUGUGACAGAAUACUAGUAAUAUGGUGCCGGGGUGGUGACAGAUGUCAGCAGUCCUAAAGCCCAAGAAAGAGUUGUUCCAGCUUGUAGAGGCCAUGCCAAUACUGUUGAAGGAGGAUUGGGGAACAAGACCCCUUCCUCUACCUCCCUCAAUUGUAGCUUGGGAUUAGGAUGUGACAUUGAUUAUAGUGACAUUGAUGAUAGUGGGUUUGUUGUUCCUAUCACAAUAAUUAGGUAAGUGUCACGAAGUAUAACUCUAAAAUGCAGAAUUUAGGAUAGCAAGAAACGGACAAAGGAAAAUAAACAUAUUAUUGGGCCUUAGAGUGGCCGGACUUAACGUUAGACAGAGUAAAACAUAGUAAAAAUACAAGUCGAGGUCUGGGUAACGGAGAGACAGCAAAAAUGUGAACUAGCUAAAAUAGGGUACACAGUAAUUAAUCAGAUGGGAAAACAAGACCGGAAAGGGUUAAAGAGAAACUCAGUCAGGAAACCAAGCCAAAGUCAAUACCAGAAUAUAAUACGAGAACUUAAGGAAUUCACUAAAGGGUACUGUGAACAGAAACCACAAUAGGGCACAGAAUCUUGGGCCAGGUAAGUUUUUAAAUACUACUGGGUUUUAUUUGAUUGGUCCACGUCAUGCCUGCACCCCAAAAUGUGUGCGAAUGGGAGCCCCAGAAUGACUUAGGCUAAUGGGAGCCAACAGCAAGAUUAGGCUCCCAUUUACACUUUAAGAAUGUGCUCGCAACGCGAGCAGCGUUCCUAAUACUGUAUGGGCUGUGCGCCCGAUCAGAAAUAAAAAGGUUUGGUGCUUGCAGCCCGUCAGGAGUGUUUGAGCAGCGUGCAGCUCAAGUGGAGGACCCGGCCGACGAGAACUGGGUAAGUACCGCUACAGGAAGGUAUAUGAAUGAUUAAGUAUUGUAUAAACUAACACAACUUGUGAUGCAAAAUGGGUUCGUGCUAGGUGGAUUCACUGCAUUGUUGCGUUUGAUGUUAAGAAACACUGCACGGUUCUCACAUACUUGCAAAGUACACACAGGAAUUAGGUCAUAAAGGAUUUUGUUUUUACAAACUGGUAACCGAUCAUAUUGUCAUUAACACAUGUCUUUUGUUGGCAAUAUUAAAUUCAUUAUUCAUUUUCACAAAGUAUAAACUAGACAGAUCUGUGAUGCUUCUAAUCUAUAUUUUUGUAUCUUUGUGUAAAGCUAAACUACAUUUUAGUCUAUAUAAAAAAUAUUAGACUUUUUUUUAAUGUUUUUGUUAGCGGGGUUUGUUCCCCUUCCUCAUUUAUUUAUUAGUUAACUGUUUCUUUUGUGGUUUGUUCUUCCUAAUUAUUUGGCAUUACGUCAGAUGUUGUAAUUUAUAUACUGCCUGUUUUGCAUAUCUGUGACUAUAGUUGAGUAAUUGCAUUGGAACUUUAUUGAUUUUGAAUUUCUUUGAUCCUUUCUAGAUGUCUAGAAAAUGAAAGGCUAGUUAGACAUAGGAACUUUCUGGAUUUACCCAGAGGCUAUAUGUAGGACUGCUGAUUGGUGCAUUGUGGUGUUUGCUAUUUGGAAGAAGUUGGAAUAAAUCCUUAACCCUUGGGGCUACUUUUAGAUCUGUAGCAUUUCACCUACUUUUGAGCAAAUCCUAUGAAUGGAGACACAAGUUGUGCUCUUUCUUCCUCCUAGCAAUCGUAAUAAGAUACCCUCAGGUGUAAGUGUAGCAAUUAAGGAAGAAUACACUUGAAUUUAAAUAGUGGUGAUGAUUGAAAUGCACAUCGGGAAGAGACAUGCAAAUGAGGACAAAUAAACCAUGCAUAGAAUGUUAUUAAUAUAUAAACUAUGUUUAAGCACUAACCUUCCAUUUUUCAUCUUUCAUAUGGACUUGGCAAGUGUGUUCUGUGGUGACCAUCAGACUAGUUAUAAGCAGAGUGUUAACAUAGCCACGAAUUUAUUAAGAACUACAUUUUAAUGGAUUAUAGAUUCAUUUUAGUAGAUUUUAUGAUUAUUUAACUUAAAAAAAGAGAUAUAAUGAGUCCUUCAAUCUUCAGAUUCCAUCAAGUCACGUAACUGUGCACCAGUUCUACCCGUACAUCUGUCACUACUGUCCGAGCAGUUCAUAUGGUCAUUAUACCGUAUUAUCCUGGCAGCCAAGGAGAUUUGUUGUACAAAUUUGUCAGUUCAUGAGGUUGUAGUAUAUUUGGUGUUCCUGCUGUGUUUGCAGUUCAGGAGGUCAUUGGACAACUUUGGAAAAUUUAGAGGUCAAUGUUCAACCUAGGAAGUUCACGAGGUCAUUGGACAGUCUGUGAAGUUCACCAGACCCGUGUAUAGUGUGAGGAUUCAAUGUACCCUGGUAUUUUACUGAAAUCAUCCCAUUUCCAAAACUUCGCUGUACGUUUUUCCGAAUUCCACAUUCCUUUCACAUUUCCUAUAGCUGGCCUUUUACUCAUUUCAUUUUUGUGAAUCGGUUGCUGUUCCCAUUUAUCUGAUUUAAUUAGAUAUGUUUUUCUUGUCAAAGAAAAAUAAAACUUGCAAGGUUCCUUAGAGAAACAAAAGUACCAGAUGCCACAGCUAUUAGGGAAGGAAAGGGCUUAAUUUGGACCACAGCUGUUUUCUCAUUUACAAAAAUGUAAAGCAUUUGGCAGCCGGAGCCAGUGAGAAUGUAAGUAGCCUUGUUAUGAUUGCUGUAUGGAAGCAUCACAGAGCAAGAGAAUGAAUGGGCACUAUUUUGUGACAGCGUAAGCAAAAAAUAGCUUGAUUCUGCUUGCUUUUUCGUAUACUGUAUGUUGGAAAAAUAUGAAAUCCAGUUUCUCAAAACCAAUAGUCAACAUCACAUUGUGGUCAAAUAAAGCAGAGAUUAUAUAAAUUUAUAUCUUACUCUUCUUUUAGUCAAUGCUCUUUGUAAGUUUGGUUUUAGUUCAUAACAUUAUAAUGAUUUUAUUAUUAUUACUACUAAUAUUACUAUCAUUUUUUUAAAAAGCCCAAAAAUUUAGCAGUUCUGUACAAUAGAUUGAAUAACAAGUAGUUGGCGGAAGAUUGGUCAGAGUGCCCUACUCAAAUGAGCUUACAUUCUAAUAGGAGUGGGGCAAAAUGACCCAAGUGCAAAGGGUAAAAUGUAUUCAAUGUAUUGGAAAAAUAGAUUGCUAGUAGAGUUAACGAAGAAGGCUUAGUCUUUUAGAUGACAUAGUUGCAGGAUAGGAAGCAAGGUAGGUGGGGUGAAAGCUCUUAACAGUUUAAUUGAUAUGUCUUCUUGGAGACUGAUUUAUUUUUAAUUUUAUUUAUUUAGUUAUUUAAAUUUUCUGUAACGGAAUGGAGUCUGAGUGAGAGUCUGAUGGAUCAGGGAAAUUAGUACACACCUAGAGAAGUAAAGUCACUGUCUUAAAAAAAAUAAAAAAAUAAUACCCUAAAAUAAAAAGUGCCAAUAUUUGUAUGAUUAUCCAUAUAAUAUAAAAUAUUCAGCAGCGCCCAACACUAGAUAAAACAAGACAAACAAUUCUAACAAAAAUCAUUCAACAUACGGACAUGCUCUGUUUGUUGUGGUUUUUAAUUAGCUGAAAUACUAAAUAGAAUAAUACCGGCACUUCUUUUAAAUGUCAGUACAGUACUCCAAUAAGUCAGUAUUUUGUCUCAAUUGGACAUUGAUGGUGAAUGGUCUUUGGCACAGAUGACCGAACAUUGGGUUUGUUUUUCUGUUUUUCUAGCCUGGUGCUGUUGACACAUAGAAUAACCAUGUGUCUUCACACACAUCUGUAAUUGAAUUUAAAACAGGCACAUGGAGAAAAUCCCCAACCAUCUGCAUGGCAAUCAGGAAGACAAUCCUGCACAGGAACGUUUAUUUUGACGCCAUAGUUGGGAGGGUCGUCCCUUAGGGACGGUAGUGUCAUUAUUGAAAUAUAUGGGCAGUUUGUACAGUUAACCGAAGUAAAAAAUUGUUGGAGUUAUGGUUACCUUGUAAACGGUGCCCCAGAUUUCAGGGCAGGUGUUAUAGGGCAUAAUGAUCUUUGUAACGCUCCGGGUGUAGAAAAUCAACAACAAAAAAGAUGUAUUUAGAACUGGUUACAUGACUUACUCCAUCAUACAUACAUACAAAAUGUAGCUGGGCAACAUGCAGUUCUCCAGCACAUUUGUGCCGAUAUUUCCAAAAUGCCUAACUCAAUGGAUAGGGAUGACAAGUCCUGCGGCUGCUCCUUCUUAUGGUUUGACAAUAGUAUAGUGAGAGAGCUCGGAAAGGACAAGUUCUCUGGAUCUUUUCUGCAACGUGUUAAAACAGAACUAUCAGAAUGGGGUAGAUUUAAUGUUUUGCUAAUGUAAUGUUACCAGAGAGCUUAUGGCACUGGCACUAUAUGUAUUUGUAUAAUGUCAUCACAAGCUGUCUGAGACACUUUAUUUUCAUUUUCCUUAUUAAUUUUGUUGCGUACUCCUGUUCUUUUCGUUUUAAUUCCAUAAUUUUCUAAUUCUGGUGCCCAAAAUUGCACGGCAUGGACCUCCUAUCUUGCUACUCGAGCCAGGCUGUAUGCCUAUGACCUUGUGGGAUGAAUUGAAUGAAGAAAGGAGCUAUUUGGAGUAUAGAUUACACUAUUUGAAAGGAUGAAUUAUGCUAGAUUGCAAGAAUUUACAAACACGGUCUCCAGGCUGUUUUAUGUCACUAUGAUUUGUUUAGGCAGGUCAGAGGGUGUAAAAAAAGAACGUCCCUUGGUGAAUGGGCACCGCCCAUGGUUAAUAUUUUUCCUUUCAGUGUGAAUUCUUUAAACUGCUUUGGGUAACCCACUACAUUUCCCCUCAAGAUAAGUAGCUUUUUAGCCAUUCCUCACAGCUUUGUUUUACGUGUUGUGACUGGGAGUGUAAGCUUGUUUACAUCUUCAUCUAUUUAAUUUGCUGGUUUUAGGACAUUCUUGGCCAAGGCCUGUGGGGAUUGUGUUUCACAGCUCACAUAGGCUUGCACAGGAGGGAAGGUAGCCCAAGUUUGCCUUUAUCGUUUACAAAGCGUUUCUCCCUGAUUUAUACACCUGAAGGCUGUAUCGUAGCAACUGUCCUGGAUGAAAGGAGUUUGAAAAGUUCUAUAUAAACAGUCUUUGUUAAACUUCACAAUGACUGGCUGUAAAACAAAGGUCAACGGAGAUUUAACUACUUCCCCAAGAUGUGACUCUUGUCAGAAACGGAACAAUCCUUAAAGAACUCCUCUUAAUUCGCUCACAAAGUGUUUUUGUGGCUAAACUCACAUAACUGAGUUUAAUAACCAACCUAUCCUUGCAGAACAUUUUAGUAAAAGGUCUUCCGCCCUGUACCUUUCCGGCCUUUUAAAGAAAAGUAAUGUUAUCAUAUAUCAACUCCCUGUUGGCUCUUGAACAACGCAUUAAAUAGAUGCACUUAAACCUAAUGUAUCAGUUACACACAUUCUUUCUUCAUCAAAUGUGAUAAACUGGAAUGACCUUCGGCACAAAUAUGUGUAUAGUUUAAAAAUAUAUAUACAAGCGGAAACUAUUUAUUUUUUUCUUUCGUGUGUGUAUUCCUCAUUACAAUUCAUUUAUACAAAUUGCCAAACAUUGUGAAAUGGUUUUUGGUUUUAGCACUUAUUUUCCUUAUCCGCAGCACUAUUGAAUGGAAGUAUACAGUUGGCCAUUCUUUACCAAUCCCCCGGUGAAUGAAAGGCCACUAGUGUGAAUGACAAAAUGCAGUGCAGGAGUGCCUCUUUGAUGUAGACGGUUUGGGGAUGGAGCUGUGAUGCAAAAAGGAAUAUGGUUAUAUUACUUGUGUGAUGCUCUAAAACCAGCUCUGUAAACUCUGGCCCUCCAGGCUCCAGAUAUAGCUGAACUACAGCUCCCAUAAUUCUCUGGGAUCUACACUAAUGCUUGUAAUUUGAGGUACACCGUUAUUUUAUUGUUAUUAAUAUGGCUCUUAAUUAGAAAUACAAUCUUUGAUCUGUGAUUUAUUCAGCGUGAGCGUGUGUAUAGCACAAGCAUUACAUUGUCAGCCCUGUUACAUAAUCCACUUUCUUUUGUGUUUAUUUUAAACACACUGUGUAGCUGUUUUUAGCUUUGGACUUCUAUAGAAGUGCAGUAACCACACACCAAUAGUUAUUCACUGUACGGUGUCAAUUGUACGAAAAUUAAAGUGAAUUUUAAAAAACAUGUUCUAUACGUCAAUCCAUUUCUCUUUUGUAAUGUUGCUGCAUUUUUGUCUCUGCAGGUGAUGUCUCCCCAGUUCAGAUGUGUCCAGCGUCCCAGUCUCAGUUCAUUCCUCUGGCAGAGGUGCUUUGCUGUGCGAUCUCCGAUAUGAAUGCCUCUCAGACAUUAGUGACGCAGGAAUCUCUACUGGAGCAUCUGAUUAAGCAUUACCAAGGUAUAUUAUCCAUAUGUAGAUUCCCAUGGUUUAAAUAGCGCACCUGAAUAUCUACAUUAAUCAAUAUAGUCACCAGAUAAAUGUUAUUUCUAUUAACCAUGUCUUCGUAAAUACAGCAUGAAUUACAAGUUAAAGAUAUGCCAUUCAUUCAUUGUCAAGGUGGUUCCUCAUGGACAUACAUCUGUUUAUACCCUCAUAUCCUGCUCAGAGACCUUUACUGGUCAAGGCAGGAAACCAUGUUCUCGUCUGAGAGCAUCCAACCAGGUUUUGUGUACAGCUGGUCAGUUCUCCGCAUGUAGUGUUGGAACACCCAGAAAAUGUAUUUUGUACACUACAUUAAAUGUAUAAAAAAGAAGAUACAACGUAUUGGUAAUGUCUUUCAUUUUUAUUUUUAGAGAAAAAGAAUAUUGAAAAAUAACACAUAUCAAUAGUAUUAAUGUUUUUUAUAAAACAAAAUUAAUCAUUUCCAUUAUAGUUUUAAUUAUGCUGUAUAGUGUUUUCAGCUAACUGAAUUUUUGGUCAAAAUGGAUAAAUUGGGAAACCUUUUGUUAGAUCAGCUAUUUUCCACAAUCCCCUCUUUAGUGAACCAACACCAGAGUAAGUUUAUUUAAGAUAACAAUAUAUUUAUGCACAUGUUUUGAGUCUGAGCUAUGAAGUUGCCACAAAUACAAUUAAACCCAUAAUCCUUAAAUUUACAACUACCAUUUCAUCUAAUAUAUACAGCCAAAGGAAAAAAGAAGAGCAGAGUGUCUUUUAUACAAGAUCUAGGGAACUGUAGAGACUGGUAGUUGUUAAAACGUAGCUUUAUUGCUAAAAUGUAAUAUAUAUAUAUAUAUAUAUAUAUAUAUAUAUAUAUCAUUCAAAAAGCUACUGUUGCAAGAAAAAGUAUGUGAACACUUUGGAAUGAUAUGGAUUUCUGCACAAAUUGGUCAUAAAAUGUGAUCUGAUCAUCAUCUAAGUCACAACAAUAGACAAUCACAGUCUGCUUAAACUAAUAACACACAAAGAAUGAAAUGUUGCCAUGUUUUUAUUGAACACACCAUGUAAACAUUCACAGUGCAGGUGGAAAAAGUAUGUGAACCCCUAGACUAAUGACCUCUCCAAGAGCUAAUUGGAGUGAGAUGUCAGCCAACUGGAGUCCAAUCAAUGAGAUGAGAUUGGAGGUGUUGGCUACAGCUGCCCUGCCCUAUAAAAAAAAAAAAAAACACCAGUUCUGGGUUUGCUUUUCACAAGAAGCACUGCCUGAUGUGAAUGAUGCCUCGCACAAAAGAGCUCUCAGAAGACCUACGAUUAAGAAUUGUUGACUUGCAUAAAGCUGGAAAUGGGUUAUAAAAGUAUCACAAAAAGCCACGGUAAGACAAAUUGUCUAUAAAUGGAGAAGGUUCAGCACUGCUGCUACUCUCCCUAGGAGUGGCCGUCCUGUAAAGAUGACUGCAAGAGCACAGCGCAGACUGCUCAAUGAGGUGAAGAAGAAUCCUAGAGUGUCAGCUAAAGACUUACAAAAGUCACUGGUAAAUGCUAACAUCCCUGUUAGCGAAUCUACAAUACGUAAAACACUAAACAAGAAUGGAUUUCAUGGGAGGAUACCACAGAGAAAGCCACUGCUGUCCAAGAGCACCUGGAUGUUCCACAGCAGUACUGGCAAAAUAUUCUGUGGACAGAUGAAACUAAAGUUGAGUUGUUUGGAAGAAACACACAACACUAUGUGUGGCGAAAAAGGCACAGCACACCAACUUCAAAACCUCAUCCCAACUGUGAAGUAUGGUGGUGGGGGUCAUCAUGGUUUGGGGCUGCUUUGCUGCGUCAGGACCUAGACAGAUUGCUAUCAUUCAAAGGAAAAAUGAAUUCCCAAGUUUAUCAAGACAUUUUGCAGGAUAACUUAAGGCCAUCUGUCUACCAGCUGAAGCUCAACAGAAGAUGGGUGUUGCAACAGGACAAUGACCCAAAGCAUAGAAGUAAAUAAACAACAGCAUGGCUUAAACAGAAAAAAAUACACCUUCUGAAGUGGCCCAGUCAGAGUCCUGACCUCAACUUGAUUGAGAUGCUGUGGCAUGACAUCAAGAAAGCGAUUCACACCAGACAUCCCAAGAAUAUUGCUGAACUGAAACGGUUCUGUAAAGAGGAAUGGUCAAGAAUUACUCCUGACCGUUGUGCACGUCUGAUCUGCAACUACAGGAAACGUUUGGUUGAAGUUAUUGCUGCCAAAGGAGGUUCAACCAGUUAUUAAAUCCAAGGGUUCACAUACUUUUCCACCUACACUGUGAAUGUUUACAUGGUGUGUUCAAUAAAAACAUGGCAACAUUUAAUUUGUUGUGUGUUAUUAGUUUAAGCAGACUGUGAUUGUCUAUUGUUGUGACAUAGAUGAGUUGUCAGAUCACAUUUUAUGACCAAUUUGUGCAGAAAUCCAUAUAAUUCCAAAGGGUACACGUACUUUUUAUUUCAACUGUAUAUACAAAGGUAAGAAUGAGAAGGGAGAUCAGUAGCUAUGGACCUAGUGGCUAUGGAGUGGUGAUAGUCUGAUUUAAGAUGCAAACAAAAUACUAGUUACUCUCUUCCUCCUAAAAAAUAAAAAUCACCAAAGUACCAAAUAAGAAGUGCUAGGUUCCAUUUCUGUAAACAUGGCGAGCUGGCACCAUGUAUUUGUCAAACCCUCAGUCACUAAAUGGUUUUAAUGUGUUCAAUACUUCACUCUUACUUUUGAUCCGUCAGAAAAAUGGUAUACAAUAGAAUUUCUUUGCCAUUGCAUUAGGAAGCACUGAUGUUCCCGCACCAAUGAAUGUUCAUCAAUUCUAGAAGAUGCAUUCAUAGCAAAACUAUAGCCUUUGGUGUAUGGUUGCAUUAAAUAUCUUUUCCAACAGUUGUGCCGGUCUAGGCCCAAGAGAUUAAAUUUUAAGGACAUAUGUCUGCAGUUUUGAGUUGAGAAGCUGUAGCUUAACAUGAUUUGCACCUAUUGCAAACAACAGAUUUAUUAUAUCAGCCGUUUAAAGCACAUUUUAUUUUUAACAGUGUUAGUAUAAUUUAAAAAGCUAUAAGCACUUCAAACUUCCAAAAUGUUCUUAUAGGUAUUCUUGGGUAUAUUAAAUAGAAAUGUUUAUCUGACCUUUAUCUUUAAUGGAUAUAUACAUUUUUUUUUUUUUUCUUUUUUAGGUAUAGCCACUCCAUCACAAGAAAUUCUCUAUAAUACACUUGGAACGCUUAUAAAAGAAAGAAAAAUCUAUCACACUGGUGAAGGAUAUUUCAUUGUUACUCCACAGACUUAUUUUAUCACUAGGAAACAGACUCCAGACAGUAAGUGUGUGGCAGCAGAGAUUAGUUCACCCACUCCUCCACCUAUCACCUAUCUCGUGAGCAUGGAUAGUUGUGCGGAUUUAACCAAAGGAUCGCAACAACCUUCCAUAUCCCACUGCAGAUCUUGCAGCUGCUUUUCAGAAUAUUCUACACAUAACAUAUUAGGACAACAGUCAAUAAAUGAAAGCAAUGACAAGGUGAUAAGGACUAUUAAGGAGUCGAGACCGUCUGUUCAAAACCAGGCUACUUCUACAUGCCAGGACCAGCACAGAUGUGGAAAGGGGAAGCCACAAAUCUUAUUAAAGGAGAAAGAAAAGUGCAACAAAAAAUUUGGCAUCAGUCUUUUCUGGAGAAAUGCUUGCAAGAAAGAAAAACCCAAAAAAGAACUUUCAACCUUUUCUGCACAAUUUCCCCCCGAGGAAUGGCCAGUAAGAGAUGAGGACAAUUUAGAUAAUAUCCCACGCGACAUUGAACAUGAAAUCAUUAAACGCAUCAACCCUGUUCUUACUGUAGACAAUUUAAUGAAACACACAUUGAUGAUGCAAAAAGCUGAAGAGCAAAAAAAGUAUUUUAGUAAGGGAACAUCAACGGACAUAAUUAGAAAUAAACAGGGAUACAACCUUAAGGGGAGCUGCAGAAAGAAAAGCCGUCUUUCGAAGUAUCAUAGAAAACUGCAGGCCAACAAAGAGAAAAAACAGAAAGAUUCCUGUGUGCCAAGGAUUGCCGAACUAGUAAAGAAAGACGAAACCAAUACUAAGGAUAAAGUAAUGGUUUCUGAUGGCUUGUAUCCAGUUUGCGGGGAUGUUAUUCAGCAUGAUCUUGUCUACAAAAAACAAAUCCGCAACCCUUUUGAAGGUAUUUCAUACAGAGGUAAUUCAAGUACCAACGGGCACAAAGCUCUAAAAGAAAUGAAAAGGGAUAAUUCUGGAAAGCAUAGAAGGAACAGAGCAAGGUCAUUGGACUGCGGUGAAAAAAAGGCUGAUAAUGGAACUAGAUAUUCAAAUGGUGAAAGACAAGUAGAGUUAUAUGAUACAGGUGAGUCAAUACAUGGGGAGAUCCUGCCUCUUGUUCCUGAUAAAGAUGACUUGAGAGGAUACCCAGCCAACUAUCCCCAAUCUAGUACUCUGAGAAUUGAUGAUAAAUUUAAACAGAUCAAGGGAAGCAACUCCGUGCUUGGCCUCCAUACGGAGGAAGGAAAUCAUGUUUUUGGCAACCUUCAAGAUAAGGCAUUAAGUCAAAGAGAAGCUAUUUUAGAGCAUGGGAGGGUUAUAGUACAUUCUAAAGGAAUUUGUGGGAAUCAGACCACAUCAACCGGUGGGUUAUUACAGCAAACCACAACAAAUUCUUGUAAAGGUGCAACCAGUAGACCCUGCACAGGAGUAUCUGGCAAAAUAGAGUCCAACAAGCUAUGGAAUCAUACCAGUGGCUUGAAAGACCAUCUGCAAUAUCUUGGGUUUACAAGAUCUCCAAACACAGAACUGUCUGAUGAUAAGACAUUGUUUCAGAGAGCAGCACAAGGCAGUGAAGCAUGUAGCUCCUUUUACUUUGAAGAUGACACUGAUGAAAAUAUUAAGGUAUGUCAAGUUCUUGAAAAACAGGUUAACAAUGAUGUACUAAACUGGAAUGAUCUACAGGAAGACCAUAGUGCACCUGAAACAUCUCUGAGGCACUGGAGUCCUAAAAUAUCCUAUACAUCUCAAAUAGCGUCUUCACUGACUGAUCACAGGGAAAAUUAUAGUUCUUCAGUAUUUUCUUCAGAUGACUCACAAGGUAACAAUAAUCCUCCUUUGCAUAUGAAUGACUGUUCUGAUGAGCAACUAUUGCAGCAGGUGCAUAGCCAAUGCCAUUUAGAUGUAGAAGGUGAUACAGACAAACUUUUACACUCCCCUGAAGUUGUCGAUGGCAGCAUAUUUGAUUAUUGUAAUUCAAGUGAUGGCAACUCCAUGGCUGAGACUGUACAGACAUCUGUUAAUGGAAACAGCGAGAAGCAUGUCGCGUCAGGGCAGCAGUCGGAGGAAAUAAGGAAGUGUUUUGAACACAAGGUGAACUUCUUUAAUUCAAAGGGGAGCCAACUGGAAACAAGUCAACAGGAAAAGAAUGAAAAUCAAAGCACGACAGGAGAUAGUGGUAUUGAAUCUCCACGGUGAGUUUUUUGUUCUUCUUAAGGAUUUAAACCUAGAGACUGUACAUGUGUACACUUUCACAUUUUUAUAGGCAUGACAACUUGCCCCACUGCUGAACUGUUAAGCAUUCCAAACCUACUCUUUGGAACCCAAACAUUCCAAAAGCAAUGUGUACAUACUCCUGCAUAAGCAUUUUCUUUAUAAAUUGUGUAAAUAAUCCAUCCAUCAAAAAUACAAAUCAUACAUCCUCUACAUUUACUAACAAAACUACUAAGAUAUUUAAUCUUUCAUAAAACAGUGUUGUCAAAGUUUCUUUAAAGGAACACUGCAACCACCAUAAACACUACUGCCUGCCAGAGUAAUGGUCUGGUAACUUACUCAAGUCCUCUAGACCCUCAUGCCAAAUCCAGUGUUCUCCUGCAGGAGAAGCGGUUUGUCUACACUAAACUUAUCCGAUAUAGGACCCCACUGAUUAACUAACAGUGCUCACCUGUUGCUUUUAGCCAAUGAGCAUGACCCUGCUUAGUUCAGUGGAGCUAAGCCGAUUUUUCUUGAACGAGAAUCCAGGAGCAGGUACCCAGUGGCCCCCACGUAAGUUGUCAAACUGGUCUAAAAUCUGUUAAAUAUUAAUUUAAAAAAUAGGCUUUAGUGACAAAGUAUUGUUUAUGAGCAUUCUCUCUGUGUAACUGUAUAGCAGCAACAAGUUAUUUUAUAUUUCUAUUUAAUUAACCCACUCACCCGACUUGUCUUCAUUUGCAGAACACGGAUAAGUCUUGCUUCCAAUAACUCUCUCAUCCUCGAGCAACUGAAGAGAAGAACUUUCCUACAGACCAUGGAAAUAAACAGCAAUUCUAAAAAUGAUGGCUUGUUGACUGCAAGUUCCUUAAUGCAGCUAACACCUGCUGUGAAUGUGUAG